GGAUGAUUGGCGGUUUGGGGGGGAUUGAAACACUGGUUGAGACGUAGUUUGGGCGAUGCGCCCCAGUUGGUCAGGUACCUACAGUAUUAUCGUGUUGAUCGAGUUGAUGGAGGAUAUGAUUCUUGAUAUGGAGAGUCUGGUUAAAUGAGUACAGGAUCCCGUGAUCUGUCUCUUCUUUCUUCUCUCUCUGCUCUCCUCUUCGACUUCAUCUUUCUUUCUUUCUUUCACUCCAUCCUCCUCCCUCCAUCGUUCUCUCCAUCUAUCUGUAAAUCAUCCGACGAGAUUCGUUCCACGUUCACUGGACCUAAACUGAUCAAAGUACAUCCCCUCCUGCCCCACCCCACCCGGCUUAUUACUAUUGACAAUCUACCCAACUGGCUUUCUCCAGCCCCUCCGCAUCAUCAUCUUCUUGAUUUCUCUUGGUUUCUCUUCCUGAUCUGUCUCUCUUUGUCAUUCUCUCGUUCCUCGUUCCUCGUUGACGUUCUCAUCCCUCCACCCUCGCUAUCCACCAAUACCUUCAAGCUGACAACAGACCACUCGAACAGCCAUCGAGAUAUUAAAAUAGAACAAAGCGUGUGAAACACCCAUCGGGCUUCUUAAGACAGUCGGGCGUGAGUGUACGACAAAGGCAACAUACGGUACACGUCGAAUCCAAUCCAACCAACCCAUAAUCCCAACCGAUCGAAUUACGGUGAUCGAAUACCGUCGACGUCUUUCCUCGCAUCGUC